UGUACUUUGGAUUGUUGCUGUAGUUUGAUUUUGUGCAUUGUGAAAUUGUUGCACUUGAGCCUAGGGAUUUUUUGUUGACUGUAACUGAUCCCUGCAUUUACCCAACAGAAAGUGCGUUUGUUCCUAGUUGUAGGAAGAAGUUUUCUCAUUGUGAUAGUCGUUCAUCGCAGUUGCGUACUUAGAAAAACGACGCAGGAUACUGGACCAUUCAGCGCGAGAAAGCCAAAAUGGCGGAUGGCGUGGACAUUGAUUUAUACGCCGACGACAUAGAACAAGAUUUUGCGCAGAAAUAGAUGAAGCAGAGCUGCAGUGUAAAUAAUAUUGAAUAGAGGAAAAAGCCAUCAUUUACUAAAGAAAACAGCCAGUGGGUGUGUGCCUGAUUCAAGCACUUGUGCGCACGCAAAUACACGUGACAGUACAUUUAUGGGUACAAGCUUUUGGGCAAGGUGCAUUCUCAAGGCAGGUUAAAAUGUCAUCUUUGGAUGAAUUUGCUGCAGAUGGUGUAGAUCUGUAUGAUGAUGUAAUUGCUGCACCUUCAUCCGGUGGUGGUGGAGGAGGUGGAGGUGGAGGUGAUGAGAACUCUCAACCAUCACACACACCAGGCUCUACUGCAAUAUCAAAUACAGAUGGACAUAGUCCUAAUUCAAAUCCCCCAUACCAUCAGAUGGGUAAUAAUAUUCAACCAAAUCAAGUAGGAAGGCGGCAGUUGUAUGUUGGAAAUCUAACUUGGUGGACUACUGACCAAGACAUUACAGAUGCCAUUUUGGGCAUUGGAGUUACAGAUUUUGUUGAAGUGAAGUUCUUUGAAAAUCGUGCAAACGGCCAAUCUAAGGGCUUUUGCGUUGUAACACUAGGCUCAGAAGCAAGCAUGAGGAUGUGUAUGGAAAGACUUCCAAAGAAAGAGUUGCACGGUCAAUGCCCAGUUGUGACAUUUCCAACUAAGGCAGCACUUAAUCAGUUUGAAGCACAAUCAAAAACAAGGCCAGUACCACCACCAAAUCCUGGUCCAAGGAAUCCUCAUCAGCAUCCACAUCCUCCCAGAAUGAUGAUGGGUCCUCCACAAGGAAUGAGGCCUAGGAUGCCACCUCCUGGCAUGCCACCACCAGGUCCUGGACAACGAAUGCCCGGCCCGCCCAUAGGGCACGGAGGACCUCAGGCACAUGGUCACCCACAAGGACCACCAUCACAAGGACAUCCACCACCAGGUUUCCAGCAUGGCAACUGGAAUGGACCUCGAGCUAAUGGUCCACCACGGCCAGGCCCUCCACCUCAAGGACCUCAUCCACAGGGCCCACAACAGAGACCACCACCUGGAAUGCAGCCAUUCCAAGGUCCCCCUCCAGGACAAGGUCCCCCUCGUGGCCCACCACCAGGAACAAUGCAGCCAGAUCCACGGGGACCGCCACCUCGCCCAGAAUGGAACCGUCCACCAGGUCCUGGUAUUCACCACCACCCAGGUCCAGGAUUCCCACCCCAUAGUCAGCCCCCACCAAUGCAAGGCCCACCUCCUGGACAAGGACCACCGCCAAGAGGCCCACCACCGGGUCAGAUGGGAGGUCCAGGAGGACCACCCCCUGGUCAUGGUGGGCCACCUGUCCACGGAGGUCCCCCGCAAGGCCCUCCAGCUCCACAUGUGAAUCCUGCAUUCUUCCAGCAAGGUGCUGGCCCACCACAUCAAGGGCCACCACACCAGGGUCCACCACCACCACAUGGUCCUCCUCACGGCUAUGGGCCACCUCCAGCUCCACAGCCACAGUAUGGUGCACCACCACCUGAACAUCGUCCUGAAGGACCACCUCCAAUCAGUGAAGUUGAAUUUGAAGAAAUAAUGGGACGGAACAGAACAGUUUCAAGCUCUGCCAUUGCUCGUGCAGUGUCUGAUGCAGCAGCUGGUGAAUAUGCUAGUGCAAUUGAAACUUUGGUCACAGCGAUUUCACUAAUAAAACAGUCAAAAGUAGCUAAUGAUGAUCGUUGUAAGAUCCUGAUAAGCUCGUUACAAGAUACACUUCAUGGAGUAGAGACAAAGAGCUAUGGAUCUGCACGAAGAGAGCGAUCUCGAUCAAGGGACAGAGAAAGAUCUCACAGGCGCCGACGAGAGAGGUCUCGAAGCCGUGACCGUGAAUAUAGAGAAAGGAGUCGAGACAGGGAAAGGGAACGUGAGCGUGACAGAUACUAUGCUGAUGCGUACCCACGCGACCGGUCCCGAAGCAGAGACAGAGAACGUGAGCGAGAUUACCGUGAGCGUAGCCGUGAGGACAGUUCCAGUGUUUAUUCCAGUUCUACCAGGCAGGCAGUUCGCCCGCGUGCUAAGUCCCCAGAACCACCAGAAGCAGCUCCAGUUAUCAGUUCUAAAUCUAGGUAUUAUGAUGACAGGUACCGUGAGAGGGAUCGUGAGAGGGAACGUGAACGUGAAGGGACUAGGCGUGAACCUGAGCGUGAACGGGAAAGAGACCGUGAAAGAGAAAGAAGAGAAGAAAGAGAAUCUUCCCAUCGUAGUACUCGCCAUUAAAAGGGUUACCUUUCUUUUACAGGGUAGUUACCAUACCCCGUUUUUGCAUCUCUAAUCAUAAUGUAUAGAUUUUUUUCUUUAGUGGUGAAAUACAUUUCAUUUCAGGAGAAUUUGCAUUAAGCAGAAGGAAAAGUAGAUUAUUAGAGAAAAAUUAAAUUCCAAUUCUCUUUUGUAGGCUACGUUUUUCUUUCCAUACGAAACAUUUUACGCAGAAAGAUUGCUUUUAAAACGGGGAUCAAGAUAUGCAUAGCUAUCUUAAUUCAUCUCAUUACUUCUACUGAAUUCAUGCAUCAGUGGCAGUCUUUAGUUAAUUAGUGUAUUUUGUAGAAUUGGUAUGACAUACAGCGUUCAGUCAAGUAGAUGUGAAUGGACAGACUUGUUUUAAUUGUAAAUUAAGUACAUAGAAGACUCAGUUCAUCACUGGAGAUAAGCUGCAGCAAGAGGACUGAAGACACCUGUGGCAGAAAGAAAAAGAAGAUUGUAUUCAGUAUCAACAACAGAAGAAGAUUGUAGUUUUAAGCUUUUGAAUAAAUGGCACUUCUGAAUUGUGAA